UAAACGAGGCUGUCUCUCACAAUAUACAAGUUUUCUUCGGCUAACAGUAAUGAAUCCCAGCAACUCCGCCGCUCCAUCGUACUGAGAGCGUGCUUCAAAACUUUGAAAAUUUAUUAUUUUAUUUAAAUCUGUGAUAUGGCACGAAGUUUUGGUUGUCUUCGUUACCUACUUUUAUCGUGCGUUGUUCUUCUUGGAAUUAUUGGAAUAAUUGUAAGCGUCAGUUCUGGAUAUUUCAUUUAUCGAUUAUAUGAAUAUGCUCCGCUUACACCAAAUAAAGUUUGUGGACCAGCUGCAGUUUUAUUGGGAAUGGGUCUUUUAUCAGCCCUUCUUGCAUGGUGGGCAUACUAUUCGAUAGACCAUAAAAAUUUAUCCCAAUCAGUUACAUUUACCUUCUUUCUUGGAUUAAUUACACUUGUGGAAUUUUCUACCGGAAUUUGGUCAUUUGUAAAGCACGAAGAAGUUACUGAAAUGCCUCCUUUUGAAGCGAAAAGAGCUUUUGCGUUAGCUAUUACAGAUAAUAAAAAGCUUUGGGAUCGUAUGCAAUCCAGGUUAGGAUGUUGUGGAUUAUAUGGACCAGCAGAUUAUGCUGAUAAACAGGGAGUUCCUUGGUCGUGUCAUAAAGUUUCAUUAACAGAAGAAACACAAAAUUCACACGUAGAAUCGUUCUACAAAAUUGGAUGCCUUUACUCAGCACAUCAAAACACGCGAUUAGUUUUAUUACUUGUUUCUUUAACAGCUUUGGGAGCUGCAAUUUUACAGGUAUGUUUUCUAGCGGUAACAACAUGUUACUCCAAGGCAAUUAAAAAGAAGAAAGAAAAACGAAAACAAGAUAUGAUAGAUGCUGCUAGAAAUCGUUCCGCUAACGAGCCAGAUAAUCGUAUGUUUGAUUCUAAGGCACUACGAUUAUCUUAGUUUAAAAUUGAUUUUUUUAUUAUUGGUAAAUAAUUUCGAUAAAUUAAUUAAAAUUUUGCCAUUUGAGUAAUAGUUUUUUAGAUUUCACGCCAUUUGAAUUCUAUAAUAUUUAUAUUUAUAGUAAUACUUUUUAGAAAGCUAACUUUUAAUACAGUUUACGUAUCGCCAUAAAAUCUAAUAAUUGCAACUUAUUUCGCAUACUUAUAAUGAUAUUAAAUAACGUUUGUAUUUUUAUAUCUCUUAAACUAAUGAAUCAGUUUAAUCAAUAACAUAAUUUAAGGAUGAGCGAUGAAGUCAGUUUUGUUGGCAAUGACUGGAAAUCGUUCAUUAUUUUUACAGUUCGAAAUUGUACUUGAACUGUAAAAAUUGUACUUAAAACAAGAACAUUUUAUUUUUAUAAAAAAUAAUACCCUUUAUAUCCGCUCUUUCGAUGAAGAACUGUCUAGAACCCGCUACUUGAAUGAAAUUGAUUAUCAAUUUAUCUAUUAACGGUGUUCCGUAAUGACAAGCAGUGGUUGUCUUUUAAAAAUAAGGUACAUUUAAUUUCAAAAAUAUUAUUCUCCCAAUUCAGACAAAAAUAUCAAAAUCGGAAAAAUACCAGUUAUCCUGAGUUUGUGUACUUUCAUUUGCCUCCAAUAAGAAAUUAAAGAUUUAUUCACAUAUAAAACGACAGGAAGUAAAAUAGGAAGAGUAUAAACAUUUGCUUAGUACUGAAAUUUACCGUCUGGAGCAGCACCUAACGGCUACAAAAAAAUUCUUAUUUUACUUCCUGACGUCGUUUAUCGUAAUGAAUUUUCAAUUUCUUGUGCAUAAAUGAAAGUACAACAUUUCAGGAUAACUGGUAUUUUUUUCGAUUUUUCCGUUUCUAUUCGAGUUAAGAGAAAAAUCCUUUUUAAAUUAAAUGCACCCACGAGGAGCCAAUUUUUGAAAGACAACCACUGCUUGCCAUUUCGGAACACCAUUAUGUGUAUCAAGCUGAUAAGUGUGAAUGCAUAAACUUGAGAGUCGCAGUGCGACUGCAUGUUUAAGCUUCCAAAAUAUAAAAACGAUGUUAAAACGGACAUAAAACUGUGUAAAUAAUAAAAACGCUAAUUGUAAGCAAAAAAAUGAAACAAAACUUGUGAUGAACCAAAAAAUGUGAGUUUGUUUGUUUUCUAUUUAACCCAGCUAAAAAUUCCUGUACAGGAUCCUUAAAGGAUCUCUAAAGAUUCCUAUAUAUAGGAUCCUUAAAGGUCCCCUGAGGGAUCCUGUUAUGAAUCCUACGCAGGAUAUUGAAAUAGGGAUCCUGUAAUCCUGUACAGGAAAAUAUUUCACUUUCUUUUCAUGCCAAGGAACAUUUGUAGGAACCAUAAGAAGAUCCCACGCAGGAUCCAGGGUAUAUAUUUUUUAAAUACAAUAAAAAAAAAUUUUAAUUUUGUGAUGAAUAUACAUUGAUGUAUUUAAUUUAAAAAAAUCCUUUGCGCAGACAUAGGAACCACAGAAAUUUACUGCGCAACAAGUAAAGUUGUUCCUGCAUGGGAUCCUGUGGAGGUUCAUGUACAGGAAUUUUUAUUUGAAAAUUUGUUUUAAAGUUUCAGACAAAGGAACUUGCAAAGGAACCAAAGUAACUAAUGUUCCUGCACAGGUUCCUGUACAGGAUCCCUGUUCCAAUAUCCUGCAACGGAUCCUAGUGAGAUCCUGCAUAGGAUUCUUAACAGGAUCCCUCAGGGAACCUUUAAGGAUCCUAUGUAGGGACCUCUAGGGAUCCUUUAAGGAUCCUGUACAGGAAUUUUUAGCUGGGAACUGAUGACAAUAAGAACAAAUGAUUAAUUUUAUUCAAAUAACGACAACUGACAGUUCUCUAACUGAAUAAUAUGGGUACAUAGUAUUAUUUUUUAAAUAAGGUACUGAUUGUGUUAGUCUAAAAUGUUUAGACUAAAACGGCGAACUACUUUGUGUCUAAAUUAAAAAAGGAUCACCUUUUCAAGCUCAUUUAACCAAUAUCCAAUUCACUAGUUCGAAAGAACAUUAUUAAGCGUUAUUAAGUAAGAGAAAAUUUGAAUUUUUGUAGAUACAAAGAUUUGUAUUUCAUUAAAUCUUAGGAAAUUAUUACAUAUUAGACAAAAAUUUGAAAAUCACACGAAAUGUAAUGGUUGUGAUAUCCAUACAGUGUCAGACCGUGGCAAUCCCUGCACAAGAAACUGAAUAUUUUUCUGUACAAGUUCAGUAAAUGAAUUUCUGCCAGUUUUAUUGGUACGUACGUAUGAUUCUGUACAUGGUUAUGGAUCAGUUAUUGUUUGUCGAAAAUAUUCACUUUAGAUCUUGUACAUGAACAUGUUCAUGAGUGUGUUCAGGCAUCUUUGAAUAAUAUUAAAAAUUAAAACUUUCAAGGCUGUGCAGUAGUUUUUAAGGUAUAUUUACAGAUUCCUAUUAAUUAGAGUUCAUAAUUUUCUCAGAUUUUGAGUGUAAAGUUUUUUAACAAAUGAACAUGUACACGAUCAUGUAGAUGUUAAUGUACAUAAAAAUGUACGAUUCUACGUGCUCAAGAAUUGUAGAUGAACUUGUAGAAGAACAUCAUGCUUAAUAUAUACAAUUUUCUGUACAGGAACUGACAAAACUGGUUCAGCAUUUGAAGUUGUACAGAAAAAUAUUAAAGAUCUUGUUUAGAGAUUUUUAACAAGGGGUCCAGGAAGGGGGUUAUGAUCCCCUUGGAGCGAAUCUGUAAAAAAUCUUAUUUUGGUCAUUGAAUGCAUUGGUUGUGUGAGACGUAUUCUAUUUUUAAGUUAGACAUGGAUGUGCCAACCAUAUAGUUAUGACUGAAACAUUUACAAUACAAUCAUUGUUUGUUCACAUAUAUUUAUGACUCAAUAGAGAACAAUUUAAAAUUAAUUGAGUUGGACUGUCUGUCCUUACCGCAGUAUCUACUUCAAGUUGCGUAUAGAGGGGGACAGAAUCCAGUACCCUUAUUGGUCCGGUCUUGUUUCCACUGCGCAACUCGAAUUAGAUAUUACGGUUGGUUAAAAAAGCUUUAUUUAGCAACUUUCCGUUAUUUCUAAGCAGAAUGUAUUAAUUAAUAUUUUAAAACAUUCUUCUGUUACAAAAAUUCAGUAAUCAUUUAAGUAUAACUUCAUCUAAUAGUUUACCAAACCAUGGAUAUUCUUUUACUCUAUCUAUAUAAAGCUAGCGAUUUUAUAUGGAUGCAUAUCCAUAGGUACAAAUAUCCUAUAUUUUUCAAUAUAUAAUAUGCCUGCCUGACAUCCAUUUGUCGAGAUGUAGCAAAUCGUAUCUUUUUUUCAUGCACUGCUUCUUUUGAGUUAUCAAUUUUAAAAAUUGUAUUUUUAAUUAAAUAAAUUUUACUAACUAUACCCAGUGGACAAGAAACCAUUUUCAUUGCAAAAACGUUUUUAGAAUGUUUCAUGUCAGCCAAAAAAUGUUCUAGAACAUUACUUGAACAUCCAUGUUCUUAAAAUGUCCCAGAAUAUUAUUUGUCGGACAUGAAACCUUCCAAAAAGGUUUUUAAAACGAACCGGGUAUAGUAUACUUUACAUAAAAAGUUGUAAUUUGCAGUCCAGUUUAAUUAUAUUGAUAAUAUUUUAUUAAGAUAUUACUUCUGCACAGAUAAAUAUAACCAAUUGAAAAUAAUUUAAACUUCCUUAGUGAUUAAAAAUGUAUAAGGUCGACGUAAGCGUUGAUUCAGGAUCAAAAUAUGUUUGCUAAACCAUAAGUUUACGUCUGUGAAAGAUAUAAUUAUAAGAUUCUUACAAAAUUAAACUUAAUUUCGUGUGUUAUGCUUAAAGCUGCGCAAUCGAGUUCAGCGAUAACUGUUACUCUGCACAGUACAUACUUAUAAAUAAAAAUUAAUUUUGAAUCUUAUGUGUAUAGACUUUAUACAAGUAUGAUAUCUGUAAGUGUUCUAAUAUAUUGUGAAGUUAGCAAUAAACAAUGCGAUUUUAAAAUGUUUAAAAAUUGUCUUUCGAUCAACAGAACAGUAAUUAAAUUUUAAGUAUAUAGAUAAUGUAUACCGAUGUAUGCGACAAGUAUUAAGUGAGUAAAUAAUAAUGUAGAAGAACUAA